UCCUAAAAUGAAUCUCAAAUCCCAUCAUUUAUCCAAGUCGUUUUUACAAAAAAAUAAGGAAGGAAACAAUUUAGUUGCGUUUGACUUUUCUAAUACUUGAGGGCGUUUCACGAAUUUUAGUGAAAUCGAAACUAGAAGAAUGGCAGAAAGGAGCAAUUUUCAAUCGUUAAAAGACGGUUCUGAUGCAGAUUUUGAAUUCACGUGUACACCUUGCAGCAAAGAAAAUAUUAGAGAAGAGGCUGACAAGUAUUGUCCCGAGUGUCACGAGUAUUUGUGUAAGACAUGUACAAGAUACCAUGGCCGACUCAAGGCUUCACAGCAACAUAAACUGCUGGAUAGAAAUGAUGCCAAUCGAGGCUUACAUGUUGCUAAGACUAAAUGUCAGUACCACGCUGACCGAGACAUUGAAAUGUACUGCAAAACACAUGAUAUGGUCUAUUGUGCGAUGUGCAUUGCAACAGAACAUAGGUCUUGUGAUGGAGUAAACAAGAUUGAAGAUGUGUUCAAACAAAGCGCAACCCAAGCGGAGAUUCAAGCCCUAUUAGAUGAGACAAAGAAUGCACAUGACACUGUCAAGGCCCUGACAGUAAAACAGAAACAAAAUCUUACUGAAUUAGACAAACAGAAAGAAGCUAUUGAAGGGAAACUAAAUGAUACAGAGACAAAACUUAUAGAACAUAUUAGAAAUUUGAAAAGAGAGACAGCAAAAUGUUUAAAUGAUAAAUAUUCUACACUGAAAGAGGAACUCAGUGUAUCAGUUCGAACAGCUGAAGUCUUGAAACAAACUACGGAACAACUGCAAAUGAUUGACAGUCUGAACUUAGAGCAGCAAUUUGUGCUGAUGAAAUUGAUGAAGAAGACUGUCCAAGAUGUAAACACUUCUAUUACAGAAGGUGCGACAGAAGGAACAAAAUUUAUUGAUUUUAUUGUAAAUAGAGAUUUAACAGACAUAUUCGCAAGAGUAAAGUCUUUAGGUAAUGUAACAGCCGGAAUUAUCGGUGAGCAGAAAUUGAAAAAGAAGCAGUACAAAAUAAAAUCAACAAAAGAGAUCAAUCUGAAGCUAAGUAGUUACCAAAUGAAACAUUGCAUAUCUGAUAGCUGCAGACUUUCUGAUGGUACGGUCCUUCUGAUUGAUAGUAGCAAUUUCAAAGUCAAAAAGCUCAACACUAAUGAUAGUAUAGAAAACGUCUAUGAUUUUGUUGCUAGUAGAAACGACUAUGAUUCUGUUGCUAGGCCUACAGGUAUAUGUUGUGUUAGUAACAGUGAAGUGGCUGUGAAAUUAGACACCAAUAGAAUACAACUCUUUACCGUUGGCUCAUAUCUGUCCAAAGGCAGGACUAUAAAUAUAAUACACGGUUAUCUGUUUGGAUUAACAAUGUUUUGUGGUGAUCUAUGGUCAUCAGCCUCAAGUGGUGUUAACGUAUACAGUACUUCAUCUAAUCUUGUUAAAUCUAUCUUCAACAAUCAAAACGGGAAGUCUUUAUUUAAAUCCGAUGUUGGGCAGAUGACUUCCACUCCCGAAACAGUGAUCGUACCAGAUAACUAUGAUGGAGCUGUUUGCCUCAACAAGGAUGGUACGGUCAUUAGAGAGCUGAGAGACAGUAGAUUGAUGCGUACUCGAGGAGUAUGUGUAGCUGAUGAUGGAACGGUAUUCCUAUGUGGGAUAUCAAUCUAACAACAUCGUUAUGUUCGAUAGUGAUGGUAAUUGUCUCGGAGAACUAACUGGGAAAGACUCUGGCUUGUUAUCACCAACAAGCAUGAGCUUCGAUGGGAAAAGAAAUAUGUUAGUUGUUGGAUGUAACAGCAGAGACACAUUAUUUGUAAUUGAAUUAGCAUGUUAAAGAUAGAUGUUGUAUUGUGCACUUUAAGGUUAAUAAGUCAUACAUAUUUUAUAUAAUUCAAAUGAAUGACGUACACAGUUUUGAGCAGAUACAUUUUUUUAUUUCAUAAUGGGAACAUUAAACAUGACAUGAUUUAUAUAUGUUAUUUGACGAUAUGCGAAUCACCCUCAGAUAUACUGGUGUUGGAUAUGAUGUAAUAGUUUCUAUUUAUAAUUCAUUAUAACUAAUUUUGUAACACAAUUUGUUGACAUUUUUAUGUGGGUAGUUGUCAUAUA